AUGGUGGUGGUGUCGGUCGUGAUAGUACUGUUGCUCUCCCCUUUCGUGGCAUCAGGGAUGCUCCUCUUGGGCGAGCUUGUCGCCAAGGCCUCGGUUUCUGGUGCUUCAAGAACCUCUCCGCCGUUGUUGUCCUCCUGGCGAGGGUGUUGACGGCUGCCUCUCGUCGGUGCGAACGUUGCUGGUGCUGCAGCGAAAAUCUGUUCAUGGCCGCCGCCCUCGUUGCCUGUGUCGAUUUCCGGACUGCUUCUCCUCUCACCGGAGCUCCUAGCCGAGGCGCUGGCUACAGCUGGUGCUGCUACAGCAACCUGUGACCCGCUUCUUUCGUUGAAGCUUGCUGCCACCGAGGUACCGCCUCCUCCUGGCGUGCCGGUGUUGCUCUCCUCGUCUACGUCUGGGCUGAUUUUCGUGCUCGAGCUUCUUGUCGCCGGGGCUUCGACCACUGGUCGCGCUGCUGCGACGACAUGUUGGCUUUUACCGCUGUCCUGGACGCAGUUGUCGUCAAUGUCUUGGCUCGACCUUGUUGUCGCCGAGGUUGUUUUGAAUCCAGCUGUUGCGGCGUUGAACCCUGCUGCUGUUGCUACAUCGGCAACCUGAUGUUGGCCGCUGACCCUGUUGCUCCCUUCGUCGGGCCCAUGGCUGCUCCUCUUGCUGGACCGUGUUGCCGAAGAUUUGGCUUCUGCUGUUGUUGCUGCUGCGGCAAGCUGUUGGCGGACGCCGACGUUGUUGUCGAUGUCUUUUUGCCCGCUUCUCUUCCCUGACCUUGUUACCGAGUAGGCCUUGGCUUCGGGCAUAGCGGCCGGGUCCCCACCGUGGUUGCCACCGCCAACGUUACCACUGCUACCAUUGCCAUGGACUUCUUCUAUGCUCCUCUUGUUCGAGCUCGCCGCAAUGGGUGAUGCUGUUGCUGUUGGUGAUACCGCUGUUGGGUGUCGGUCGAGCACGGCGAGCCUUGGCGAUCGGCGAGGGGGGGAUUUUCGCUGUGGCUCCAUUGUUGCUACCGAUGCCGUGGGGAAACGCAAUAUCAGGGGGAACGCAAUAUCAGGGGGAACGCAAUAUCAGAGUCCGACACUGUGGGUGUGUAAUUAUCUCCCCCGCUCUCCUCUCCGUUGUCGGUUGGUUUGGUUAUCAAGUCGUGCGACGUGCUGACAUGCAACACGCACAUUGCUUGGACAGCUAGCUUCCAGGAGGAGAGCAAGGAAUUACAGGAUAGGAAGGAGGCAAGAGAAUUUCGAGCGACUACUGUUUUCUUGUCCCGCUGUGCCUGAGCUCGGUUCUUGUGACACGCGGCCGAACGGAGCCGGCGCAACAGCAGGGGAAGGAUGUUGGUCGCCAUAGCAAGGACGCUCGCCGCGGGGGUGGUCCUAGUCCUGGCGACAAGGGCGCGGGGCUUCGUCUCGCCAGCAGCAGUAACGACCAUGUCGGGAGCCCGUGCGGCACGUCCCUGCAGCAGUAGAUGGCCCUGCUCAAGGGCACACUCGUCGACGCAGCAGCAGCAGCAG